AUGAUGAUGCUCUGGACAAGCCAAACCGCGUCUGUUACCUUGCCGGCAUGUGCUCUAUUUGCGCAAGCAAUUGAAGAAGGAGACAAUAAUUCCGGCUCAGCUCCACCCAAGGUGGCUCAAUCCGAACAGAAAGCCUGGGAUACAAAUCGGAAGUUUCGUGAAGCAAACCAAGUUGCAAAUAGCAUCACAACUACAAUGAGCAGUCUGGGGAUGCGCGAGUAUCGAGAGGCUCUUUGCGCGCUAAAUUCUGUAGCGGAACUUUUCAAGAAAAAGCAGUUCAGUGAGAUCCACCGCCGGUUAGAAGGAUAUCAGCCUCAUCAGCCGCAGAGGCAAGUUUGUGGACUCACGGCUGCCACCGAUCUGUCAUCAUCGGAGUCUGACCUUCCCCCGACUGGGCGCCGAAGUGCGGCUGCCGGCUGUAGCGACAACACUUAUGCUCCGGUGACAAAUUCAAUUGUAGAGCUGAUAGACUCUCGCAGCAAAGCCGACUCAGCAGAAGCCAUAGAGCACUUCGAAAUUGCAAGCCCUGUGCGUCCGCGAGGAAGACCAAAGCAGCAGACAUCAGCGAAGAAAGCCAAGAAGAAUCGUGAAAUCACACAUGUUCACCACGAUUCGAACAUGCAUCACAUGCAAAUUGAUAUAUCGGUGCUCUCAACGAUACCACGUGAAGACCACACAUUCAACUCUGCAGAGAAAAUAUUACGAAAAUAUCGAUUGUUUGAAAUCGAGAAAAAGCAAAACAAGCAGCUAAUCGCCCACCGCAAGAACAAGCUUCCUCCCAAGAAAGUGGCGCUAGGGGAGGGCGAAAUAUCAAGAAUUUUGUCAAAAGAAGUGCUGCGUAAAUGCAGUAAGAAGAUGACGACGUUGCAAGCAAAGCAUAACGGCCUUCAGGAGAUCGAUGUAGUUCUCGAAGUGCAGAAUAUUGGCAUUUUUACGGCUGAAACACUGCGAACUAUGCGAAACUAUCAUCGGGCUAUCGAUGCUAUUGUUGAGAUCGACAAAGCAAUUGACUGGGUAGCGACGAUUGAUUUCGCGAUUGAAGUCGACCCGCGGUUCCGAGUGGAAGAAGAUGAAACACUAUUGGACGACUUAAAAACCACGCGACUACAGUCAAAAGAGCUCGAGAUACUAGAUAUAGUUGGUCGCGGUAAUUUCGGUGACGCCGUGUUAUGGCAAAACUAUUCUCGAACAACCCGCGAGUUGUCGUUGUACCCCCCAAAGAUUACUAUGGAUGUUGACGCAGUCGAGGCCACGUUAUCGACGAUAGCUGGAGAAGGUGUAAUCAUUCCAAUCAGCUUCAAUUCGAAUCAUUGGUGUGCUAUCAUGAUCGAUAUCGCGAAGCGAAUUGUGUAUAUCUACGACUCCAUGCAAUCAAGUUACCUUAGCAGCGUCCGAGUGGUAGCUGAAAAGCUGACUCCAAUGCUAGCAAGUAGCACGGGAGAGAGGUUUCGCGUACAGAGGUACGAAUCUGACGUGGGGGCCCAGCUCGACAACUACAGCUUUGACUUGUUUAUCAUGCUUGCGUUUGAGCACUUCACUGGUGCACUAUCGCUCGGGAGGCUAGACAAAAAGUUGAUGAUGUAUCUACGCUACAGAUACCUUAGUUUGUGCUUACGCGAAAUAUAA